AUGAACAACCUGAAGCCGGACAAGGAGCACAGCACCAGCACCGGCCCGGGCUCAGGCUCCGGAGGCACCCUGGAGGAGGAGGUCCGGACACUGCUCGUCAGUGGCCUCCCUGUGGACAUUAAACCCAGAGAAUUCUACCUGCUCUUCAGGCCAUUCAAGGGGUAUGAAGGGUCCCUGAUCAAGCUCACAUCGGGACAGCCUGUUGGUUUUGUGAUCUUUGACAGCUGGGCAGGAGCAGAAGCAGCAAAGAAUGGUAUUCGCUUUGAUCCCGAGAACCUGCAGACCCUGAGGCUAGAGUUUGCCAAAUCCAAUACCAAGAUGUCCAAGAACAAGCUAAUGGCUACACCAAAUCGCACCAGCGCUCACCCCACCCUAGGAGCACACUUCAUCGGAUGGGACCCCUAUGACCUGAUGGGGACUGCUCUGAUCCCCACAUCCCCAGAGGCCUGGACCCCCUACCCUCUGUGCACCACAGAGCUGACCCCGGCUAUCUCACACACUACGUUCACCUACCCAGUCGCCACCCUGCAUGCUCAGAUGUGCUGGUACCCUUCCUCUGAUACCACCCAGCAAGGAUGGAAAUACCAUCAGUUCUGUUAG